GCAGCCCCGGCGCGCGGUGGUGACGUCAGGAGGCGGGCGUCGCGCCACGGGUCGGGCUGGAGCGGGCUGAGCCACAGGCUUUGACACAACCUCAUGAAGGGCCACAUCAACCCCCAGCCCACAAAUGUGCUCUCAGAAACCUGCAGGAGACCGCCGGGGGCUACACUGCCCUCCAGGCAAUUAGUCGUGCGAGGUUUAUUUGAAGCAAUGAGGUGUACGUUUGAGAUUUGCUAGUAAAAUUAAAGAUUGAAUGUAGUCUGAACUUCUUGAUGUCCCUGUGAAUCACUUCUUUUCCACCUGUAAUUCUUUUGAUGGAAGACGAACUGGGGCUCCCUUUCUACUGUUUGUGCUGAGUAUUGUGUGGAGAGGUGGUGAAUGAGUAAAGAUACAUUUGGUGAUGGUUCAGAUGUGGGAACUGCCCUGGAUGUGGUUGCUGCUGAUGCUGCCCUGGGAAAAUGCCUUGAUAGGGAAUUAACACCAUUCAGUGAUGGGCUGUGGGACAAGCAAAGUGCUUCCCGAGCCCCCCAAAGAUGUGCAGCUAGAUCUGGUUAAAAAAGUAGAACCUUACACAGGCCACAAUGACAUAUACAAGCAUUUCAUCAAGGAUGAUUGUGGGGCUGUCAUCAAAGCUGGCUCUCCCUCACCUCCACGUCAUACUAACCCGUAUCCUGGUAACCACCUGCCUACCCACAUGGACCAGUCUGAGCCCCGCAAGAACAAGGUGGCUAAGUACCGUGCUAAAUUUGACCCCAGAGUGACAGCAAAGUAUGACAUUAAAGCCCUGAUUGGAAGAGGAAGUUUUAGCCGUGUUGUGCGGGUGGAACACAAGGCUACCAAGCAGCCCUAUGCAAUCAAGAUGAUAGAAACCAAAUACCGUGAGGGGAGAGAAGUGUGCGAGUCAGAGCUUAGUGUGCUGCGACGGGUCCGGCACACCAAUAUCAUCCAGCUUAUUGAGGUGUUUGAGACCCAGGAUCGCGUAUACAUGGUGAUGGAAUUGGCUACUGGGGGGGAACUGUUUGAUCGAAUCAUUGCUAAAGGCUCCUUCACUGAGAGAGAUGCUACACGUGUGCUGCAGAUGGUAUUGGAUGGUGUCAAAUACUUACAUACACUGGGUAUCACGCACCGGGACUUAAAACCAGAGAAUCUGCUGUAUUACCAUCCCGGAACAGAUUCAAAAAUCAUGAUUACAGACUUUGGACUGGCAAGUGCUCGGAAGAAGGGAGACGACUGCCUGAUGAAAACCACUUGUGGGACCCCGGAGUACAUAGCUCCUGAGAUCUUGGUCAGGAAGCCCUACACUAAUUCCGUGGACAUGUGGGCUCUGGGUGUGAUCUCAUACAUCCUCCUCAGCGGCACUAUGCCCUUUGAAGAUGACAACCGCACCCGUUUAUAUCGGCAGAUCCUGAAAGGAAAAUACAGUUACUCAGGGGAGCCCUGGCCCAGUGUGUCCAACUUGGCCAAGGAUUUCAUUGAUCGUCUGCUCACAGUGGACCCCAGUGACAGGAUGACAGCCCUUCAAGCCCUGAAGCAUCCAUGGGUGGUCAGCAUGGCAGCCUCUUCCUCCAUGAAGAACCUACAUCGUUCCAUCUCUCAAAACCUUCUCAAGAGGGCAUCUUCCCGUUGUCAGAGCACCAAGUCUGCACAGUCUACCCGCUCCAGCCGCUCCACCAAAUCCAACAAGUCACGGCGGGUGCGGGAACGGGAGCUGCGAGAGCUCAACCUGCGCUACCAGCAGCAAUACACUGGCUGAGCAUUGCAUGGGAACCUGCCAGAAGUCUCUCCAGAUGCCUUCCCUGUGGUGGAGGUGCGCAGCACCCCUUGCCGCACACAUGCUCAGUGAGGAACAUCCAGGUUCCUCCCUCCCUUCCUUCGGGUGUCCCCCCUGUGACCAUGAGGUGUGGAGGAAAAGGAACCUUGUGGUGGCCAUCGCACCCUGCGAGCGCUCCUGGGUGAGCUGAGCCACAGGGUCUCAACGCAGGAAACAAGCAGGAGUAGCAAAAUCCUUCCCUGAGUCCUCGUGGGCUCAGAGCAAAGUUCAGAGCCUCAAGUAAUAAGCGAAUUAAGGAGCCACACAAGGAGAAGAGCUCCCUCCAUAGCCCAGGAGCUUGGUUGUUCAUAGUUAUUUAUUAAUUCUAGAGUGUUAAGUUUCUCUCACUUCCAUAUUAAAAACAAAAUCACUUUAUGUGUGCAUGUGUGUACAUGCACGCGUGUGCGUGCACGUAUGCAUGUGUAGGCGUGUAUAUGUAUUUAAAAAUCAUAUAUAUAUAUAAAUUUUGGGCUGGUUUAGUCAGACUUUGUGAUGCCUUUGCAGUGAAGCUGAUAUGAGUCACAUGCAGUUAGAACUAGGGUAGCUCUGACUCAGCCAGCGCACUGCCCACCAGCUUCUCAUCCUGAUUCAGUGCCGAGGAGAUGCCAGGCAGCAGUUUUCCAUGACAGCUGUGAAGCUGAGAGGUUUCCCCCAAGGGCUGCCAUUGGCAUGAUGACGUCAAGGUUUACUCAAGUUGUGUGAGAGUUGCUGUGGAAAUUGGCAACCAAACUGAAGUGCUGCCAACUUGGAGCUGUAGUCUAAGUCCUUUUAUCCAGACUGGGUGCUCCUGAUGGAGGGGUAGGAAGAGGACAGUGAUCCUGCUUGAGCUUCAUGGUUCACAGAAAGGCAGGUUUUCUAGAGGUUCCUUGCUGUCCUCCUUGAACUGUCCUGCAGCAGUUCUCUGUUAGGGGAAAGGGUGCUUGUGAGUUGUUGGAGAGCAGCUGUAAGGAGCAGUAUGUAGGAAAGGCAGAAGGGAGAGUUCUGCACUGUUGGGGCAGUUACUUUGCAUGUCUCUUGAGGUGUAAACACAAGAACAAAUGCAGGCACUCAGUUGUACUGUAGGGGCUUUUUUCCUGGGUGCAGCAGGACCAGUUCCUACUGUGCAGGGUUCGUUCUUGUUGUGGUGACUUAGCCCUUUCAGCGCUGCAACCUGUUAUGCAUCUUGCAUCCUUCAGAUUGAUGUUUCUGACCGUGUUGCUUCAGCACACGGAAACUUUGGUUCUUCCAAGUAUUGCUCCCUGGCUCAGAUUUUACUGCAGGGCUCCCCUGCUCCGCACACCUGUUCUGCCCCAGGGUAGCCGCUCCUGCUCUGGGAAAGUGAAAUGGUGUCGUGCAGCUGCUGGGAUGGCCACAAAUCCCUCUGCAGGGUCACGGUGGGGGCCUGAGUAGCAGAGGCCCAGUCCUGGGGUGUCGGCAGCAAUAACGCUCAGGAGACAUUGCACAAAAACCUUCUUCAACUGUUAGAUAGGGCUGAAAUCCAACAUGAAAAAUCUGCUUUUCAGGUUGCCUUGUGCUAGGAAUGGAGGGGCCUCUUGUGAAGGGCCUCUCAGGGAAGAUGGGUGCUCGUAGAGCUGAGCUUUGCACACAUCCACUGAGUUGUUAUCCCUCGCUAGUCAGUGCAGCAGAGCAAGGCUGUUAGCAUGUUCAAUCUCAGGGCAGAUUUGACGUCUUGAAAUAGCAUAAACAAGGCUGGCAGUGAAGAUCAAUGCUGGAUUUUGAGGAUUUCCGUAUGAAGCCAUACAGUUUGCUUCAUACUGUGCACUUAGGAAGUGCUUUCUCAGCUCUAGGCUGGAGAAGUAGUCUCUGCACACACCUGGGGCCCGUAAGGGGCUGGCGAGCAUGGCCUUUCCGCAAUAGGAUUGAUGUCUGUGCUGCUGUGUUUUAGUGUUGUAAGUGAUCUGUUGUAUUUCCAGGGAGCUCUAACUCCUCUGUCCACAGCCCUCUUGCUCAGCAAACAGCAAAGCAUCACAGCUUCAGAGGGAGAAGACUUGAGUUUUCUGUGCUAAGAAAAAAGAGGAUUUCUGAGAAUGCGUUUUCCACUCCAGAGCUAGGAUGGGCCAUAACUACAGUGAGCACAGCUGGGUGUUCCCAAGCUUGCUAUGGGGAAUACGAGUGAUGAAACCUGAGAACAGCACUGUCCCUCACACAUGUGUAGCAAGAGAGAAUUCAAAAUCCGUUGCAUGGUGUUACAUAUGAUUUUGGAAACUCUGGAUCCUUUGCAGGCUGCCCUUUUGCUCAGUGGCCAUCCUCCCUUGUCACAUAUAGCCUUCUCUUUCCUCAGUCAGCGUCAACUGAUAUCACAGAGUUACCAAAAACUGGUUUUGUCUUUUUUCCCAGCUCUAUGGACUACAAAAAAGAUUUAUUUGGCUUCUUUUACCCCUUCAUCUAGUUUUCCCUGUUUCUUUACCAUGUAUUAGAACUACAAACUAGAUAUGUUUUCUGACAGAACAGGCAGCUCACCACAGUUUUCUUCAUAAACAAUUCAGGGCCCCUCAUUUUGCUGCAAACAGCUCUUCAAAGCAGCAGCCACUUCAAGACAGGUAUUAACUGGGAACUUCUUACCCUAAACAUUAAGAGAUGGCAGGAUGGUCUCUCAGAAGGCUUCUAUUUUUCAAGCCACUGCUUGUAACAGCUUUCUGCAAGUUUGGAGCAUCACACAUAACCACUUGGAUCUGUAUUGUCUAGGUAGGUGUUUUCAUGGCCCUCCCCAGAUUAUCUAGCAUGUUUCUUCUUAAAAUAGGUAUUUUAACCUAUGCAAUAAGUCAAACUGAUGAACUGAGCCAAGACCUCUAGAAUCUGACACCUUUCCAGUAACCACUAGACUUUCCAUAUGCACAUAUUUUGUACAGGCCUGUAGCCACAAUGUUCCUUUAAGCUUUCCCUUGCAGGGGAUAAAAAUGAAGGUGAAGAGAAGAUCGGGGUGUUGAGUUCUGACCUGACCAAGCUUGUUUCUCUGCCUUCAAAAAGCAGAAUAAGGGUCUUUUCAUCUAUGCCAAUUUUUUGCUUUAUUGCUCUUGAGCAAUUGGAUUUGCACCAGGAAAAGUUGUAAGUGAUGUUGAUCAUUGUAAGUUUGGGGUGGAAUACGUUUUUGGAAACAAGAUAUUGCUAUAUAUGUUUGUGUCACUGUUAGUUUUCUGCAGUGAUGCUCUAUGGCCAGGAGGUCAGUUGACAGAAGAGAGGAUUCUUCAGAUAUAUGAGCAAUAUGGGAUGGCUGCAGGUUGCAUCUCUGUUGUAUGGAGAUGCUUCUGAUCCUCAGGCAUCACACUGAUUAGGGAACUGCGCCGAAGAGGACCAAGUCAGUCCCAUGAGGGGCUUUGGCUUUUCUAGAAAAAGAAUUUCAAUUCUCUUUAUAAAUACAAUGUUUUCUCUUGUAUGGAAAAAUCAAUGUACGCAUGGGGAUAGUCUUUAUGUGCUCUCCUUUCAUCAUUUGAUUAUAACAGUCUUGGUUCAAUCCCUCUUUUUUUUUUUUUAUUCAGUAUUUACAGGACCUCUUUUACCCAGAAAAUAACAUGCAUAAGGGGAGAGACUAGCAGAGCUCUGUCCAAGUGUCUUUUGAAGACCCUGGUGACCUUUGUAUUUUCACUUUGCCCAGAAAGCCGUGAUGGUCCAAAUGCUGCAAUGCAAGGUCCAAGUUAAGAACAAUUCCUAGGGUGCUUUUAUCUUUGGAUCUGUUCAGGGGGGAGAGCCAGUGUGCUGUAACUUUGAGCACUGGUUCAGGUGCCUUCAGUCUGCCUUCUAAGAAGCUCUUCACUGUGAACCGUAGUGAACGUCCGUCUUCAUAUAUAUUCCACAGGCGCAUCUCAGCUCUCAGUUUUUCUUGAGUCUCAGGAGUUUAUGCUUUUCAGAAGUGCCUUGUUUGGAGAUUUCAGAAGUUUAAAUCUCUCUGAAAUUUCUCCUGCUCCUAAGUUUAGUUUUUAAAUCUGCUUCUUUGAGCUCUUAAUGGUGGUUCUCAGUUUGGCUCAUGGUGUUUUUGGAAGACUUCCUCUAGUGCAGAAUUACCCGGAAGAAUGCAGGUAGCAAAAUGUGCAUGUCCCAGGCAAUAGCUGAGUUCUGGUCUUCUGUGUUAGCUGGGGCACAAAUCUCAGUAAAUGAGCGCUUUUGUUUUCCGUACGUUUGCUAAUGCAAUGAAAAUGAAGCUGGAAUGACAUCUAGCGGCAAAUUGCAGCAUAUCCUUAUCCACAUGCAUCCCCCUUCUAGCUAUGUUCCCACUGUUUCAGGAUGAGAUGGUCUUAGAAAGAGGAAUCGGGGUUUGGUGUGCUGAAGGACGGGCCUGGGCAUUACCACUCCAGCAGUCCUAGAGGUUCAGCAACCUGCACAGUGACAUGUAGAUGAUAAUGUCUUACUGAGGACCUGUCACAUGGCACUGUUUUCUCUCGUACUGAUCGUUAAUCCUGAAGAACAGGCUUUUACCGCGCAAAGGUACGAGCACAUGUUCACGUGCACCCACGAGAAGGGGACUCAGUACUGGGGAAAUGACACUGUGCAGUAAGCCUGCCAGUACCUUGAGGAAACGUUCACAACCAUCCUGCCUUGGGGGCACAGCUCAGGUGACGCUAGGAGAAAACCAAGGCUAAAGAUGCUGAGGCUAGAAGCACAAGGUUUUGGACUUUCCCCCAUCAUGAGACACGAUGGAGCAGCUCAGGGUGUUGCUUUCCAGCAUAUUCCGCUUCAGGGAAAAGCAGUUUUAAGGAGUAAAGAGAAAUAUGUAUAUUCGUCUUUUGGAACUUAGCGGUACUGUGUAAAACAAUCUCUCGUCUUGCCCUGGGAGUUUGCCUGCUCUCUUGGGGAAGAGAAUUACAGCUUCAAAGAAUGUUGCCUAUUGAUUCUUUGAUAUUUUGGAGAGUUAUUGGAAAUGAAUGUAAAAAGGUCUUCCAGAAAUAACAUUAGGUAGUCUUCAGUCUAUUAAGCUUUGCAUUCAGAUUUUUGCACACACAAUAUAUUUUUCUACGUGCGUUGCUUAAACAGCAAUCACUUGUAUAUGUUUGAUUUACUUCUCACCCUUCUCAGGCUUCUGAAAACGAACAUGUCAGCCCAGCAGCAGCAGAAACAUGCGUUCCUUCAAUCCAGAAUAAGCCUGUGCUAUUUAACGCUGAGAUUGUGAUAGCAUCCAGAUGUCCUGCCAGUUCCUGGGCUCUGUUGUGCUUGGAAACCUACAAGCAUACAUGGAAGACAGCUUUAUAGCCUUGUGAUACAUGUAAGCCCAGACAAGAGAGUUCUGACCUGCUGGCUUAUUUAGUGAUGUGGAAACCAGCUGCGGUAUAGGGCCAGCAUUAGAUGUUUGUUUUGGAAAUGAUAAACUCUCAGACUAUUAACUUCUUUGAAAUUUGGAUAAUUUCUUCCUUUCAUUCAGAUGUUUUCUGCUCUGGUAAUUUACAUUCAUUUGCAUAGCCUGCUCCAUUUCUGGAUCCUGCUUUCUGCCAGAGCCAUAGUGUUUGGUCGAAAGACCAAUAUCAAUUUUUGUGUAAUGCACAAACUGGAAUAUGACUUGUGGAUAACUCAGCUACUGGGGCAGCAAGCCUGGAAUUGGCUCUGCAGGAGCCAUGCUCAGUCCUGGAGCAAGGUAACAGCAUUUGUGUUGUGCUUUGCAGGUGGGAGAAUGCUCCCUUUGAGGACCCCGCAGUGCAUCAGCCUUCACCUUUCUCUGUGGCCUCUCCGUUAUGUAUGUUCUCACUGUCAUUUUGUGGGUGUGCAUUUACCUCGUUUGGGAUUGCUCCUGUUGUUCUCUUGCUCAUCGAUCCCACACUGGGGCAACUGAAGCUGGCUGUGUGAAUGUAGGUGCUUCCCUGGUGACCCAUCAGUUCUGGUGGAAAUAAUCUGAGAAUAGUUGGGGAUGAACUGAGCAGGGUCACGCACUGUUCAUCUUGCUCCGAUAACUUGGUUAGAACCUAAAUGAGCUGCCCAGUGUAGGACCGUCUCUGUAAGGACCUCAGAGUGAAUCAGGACUGAGUGGGCUCGCUAGAGAGGAUGGCCUGGCUGCUACUUGCCAGUCUCCAAGCACAACUGCUGCCAUUUGAAUUUGCAGCUUUACUGAGUGUCAGAGGACGGAGGUGAGAGAGGGGGCAGGCCACUCGUUUCCAUUGUAUGUUGGUGUGGUAACUGUGCUAUUUUACAGCAGAUAUCAAGGUGGUGUUCUUAGGGUGUUCUGUUCCCCGAGCAAGUGUUUCCUUGGGGCUUGUCUGUGCUGUCUGUCUGGAGUACCUGGGUUAUCUGUAUGUGCUGUCAUCAUUCACAUUUGUAGAGUAACAGGCUUGGGAAGAACGGUCAGCAAUAAUGUCAUGUACUGCUAGUGCGGAUUGCACUGUAAACAGAGACGUGAGAGUCUCUGAUCACUGUUCAGACUACAUCUCAUUAUGUUCUUCCUCCCUAUCAGCACAUUUCUGGUUAGGAAGGAUGUAGCUUGCGUGUCAGAAUAUCGUCUGUCUUUCCUUCCUAUGCAGUCCAGCCAGCCUUACCUGCAUGGGUGGUGUGUGUGAGAGAAGCUGUAUGUGUGUUACCGUUGUAAAGAGAUGACCUUGUACAGUGUAUAACACUAACAAGCCUCUUGUUAGACUGCGUGGGGCCACCUUCCUGUUUUAGAUGAUCAUACUACAGAUUCUGAGGGCUUGGGGGCUUUGUUUUUUGUUUUUCUUUUGACAAUAAAUGAAAAUCUCAAUUUUUGACUUAAUUUAGUAUUUUAAAUGCUGAGAAGAAAAACCAAGAUUGGCUUUUGGGAUCAGACCCUCUGGAGGAGUCACAAAAUGUUGUCUGCUAUUAGUGUAUUCCAGAUGGGCCCUUGGAUGUGCAGUGAGGGUGGCUGUGUCCCAGUCUCCCGUGACCCCACGCAGUCUGUGGGCCCAACUCAGAUUCAUCCUGGAAAAUGUAACAAAGUGCCUGUACCACUCGGUGCUGGAUACCCAGCCCCAGGUGGUAUGCACCGCUCCUCGGAGGUUUUUGGUGCUUUUUCUGACCACUCAGUCUCCUCUUUCAGCCUGGAUUAAAAAUGCAGCUUUCGGGUGCUGCAGAGGCAGGUUCCUGUGAGAUUCCUGUCAGAUAUGCAUUAUUGAGCAGCAAACUUGCCCAAAAAUGUGAAGCAGCAGGGAUGCGCUGUGGUAAUGGCAUCACGGAACUUGGUACCCUCCACCCUUAAGUGUCCCUUUGGUGGAGAGAGCAUGGGAGGCAGCAGGCUGCUGUCGCCCAGUGAUGGUUUUCCUUCAUCUGCUUGUCUCCUGCUCUCCUCCUCUGCACAGUAAUACUGUAGAUCCCUUGUGUGUGAUGGACAAGCUACUUGCUGCUGUUGCAAAUGUAUUGCACUGUGUUUAUCUGUUGAAUGUGGAAGAGAUCCUGGUCCAAACUAGGUAUGUGUGAGAAACGAGCACCUACCACAAGUACACACAGAUGCUGUGGGUUUUCCUGUUGCUUUUCACUACAGAAAGACACUUCCCAGGAAGCUCUCGGGACUGGAGGUCUUCCGGUGCUUGCUGUUAUUUUUGGUUGCCAAAUUUCCUGUGCUGGGUUGGAGCUGCUUGGAAGUAAUCCUGUCACGUCCUGUUCAUCUCCUAACAGGGGCUGUUUGUCUUGAGAAGAAUCCAGUUCUGUGACUUGCCUUUGACUCCUGUUUUUACACUAAGGACUGUUUUGCAGAAUGAGGUCUGAACCAUUGUAAUUAGUCUGUAACAUUAUGAUUAGAGUGUACAGAAUUAUUUAUUUUGUGUACUCAGUCUGUUAAACAUGUAAAUGUAUUCUGUGUAUCCGA